AUGCGGAUUGUUCCGUCGUUAUUCUUUCUCUCGACGAUAUCAGCGGUUGAAAAAGAAGAAAUCGCAGUAACAUGCGGCCAGAAAAAGAUCGAAGUCCGUCUGCAAAAGGAAUAUCUUCUGAAAAACAAGGUCAACGUCCAGAACCGCGAGCAGCUCCACAUGGGCGACAACACAGCUUGUAUCCCGAUCGAAGAAGAAGAUGCUUACAAAUUCGUGAUCUUCGCUCCCUUCGAUUCCUGUUUCACAAAAGUCGAGCACGAAACUGAAGAUUACGUCUUUUCCAACGAAAUUUAUUUCAAUAACACGAGACAAGCAACUCAAGUUUUCAAAUGGAGAUGCAUCUACGAAGAUAAAUACACAGUUUCUUACGAACACGCGAUUACACCAAUCAAGAGAACGCUUUCCUUCACGACUGAAAAGGGUCAAUUUGAUGUUGACAUGCGAGUCUACCAGGAUGAUCAAUACACUUCCGAGAUUUCGGAGCGAACCCCAAUCCGCUUGAACACCCCCGUCUACGUCUCCCUCAAUCUGGACCGCCCCUUCGCCUUCCCGGAAAUCGUCCUAACAGUGAAAAACUGCUUCGCCACUGACCAGACUGACCCUUCUUCGGAAACUGCGAAUUGGUACUCGCUCAUCUCUGGAAUGUGCGUCCAGCCCAACGACCCCUCCAUCGUCCUCCUCGAAAACGGCGUCGGCAACAAUGCCCGCUUCAAGUUCAACAUGUUCAAAUGGAAGACCCGAACUAGCUACAUCUACAUGCACUGCGAAGUCUACUUGUGCGACUCCGACAAGGAAGAAUGCUACAAUGAGGAUGCCGUCUGCUCUGGAACCGAUCGUGUCCGACGUAAUGCCGAGCUCGGCCCCAACGAUGAAGAAGUCGUCACUGAAUUCAAACCAACCUUCAUGUCCAAGGGUCCAAUCAUCAUCGACGACGACAUCAUCGAUUCCGUCGGCAAGGCUGAAAUCAACAAGCUCGAGAUCGACUUUAUGACUGAUAACGAAUUCCUCCGACUGUACAUCAUCGUCACCAUUUGCACCGUCCUCGCUUUUGUUGGAAUCUUGAUCGGAAUCAUCGCUGUUGUCAUCAGAAGACGAGCUCAGCAGCAGAAAGAACUUUUUGUUUCUAACUAA